AUGAGGCAUAAAUUAAAUGUAACACAUUGGAAAAUUUGUUUAAUAUUUUAUACACUACUUAUUAUCUAUAUGAUCAACUGUUCAACUAUACCUAAAAACACAGAGUCAAAUACUCAAGCAUAUAUCAGAAAUGGGAUAGAUGGCAGUAAAAUGGAGAUUGUCUGUAUCCUAGAUCAUAAUAUCUAUUGUAAAGAGCAUCAAGUAGGAUUUAUAUUUAAUGACGGUUGCCGUCAAUGUAUUUGUAAAGUGGAUGGAGCAUACUGCAAAACUAAAACAUGUGUUGAAUAUCAGAAAACUGAUGAAAAUCCUGAGGAAUAUUGCAGUAAAGUAGUUAGUGAGAAUGAAAAUAAUGCUACAAGACCUAAUUUUGAUGAGAAGGUAUUGCUAGAAGCUGAUUCUUACGAACAUAAACCAGGGAAUAAAACAGCUGAUGACAUUCAGUUGAAUGAUGAAAAGGAAGAGAAGGGGAAGAAGAUGAUCAGUGCCUCUUCACUGACAUUUGGAAGUUUUGAAGAUGCCUUUAGAAUGAUUCCUGAAGCAAUAGCUGGCGCUAUGGAAGAGGAGAAAGCUGCUGAAGCAAGCAACCAGUCACGAAACUCAACUCUUAAUCUUCAAGAUAAGAGGAAUGGAGGUGACAGUGAAGAAAAUAGUAAUCCUGCUUUACGUUUUCAAAGUGAAGGAGACCGUAUUAACUCAAUGCUCCCUGAUUCUUUCUCUAGUUUAUUUGACCCUGAAGUAGAUGAUAAUGGUGAAGAAAGUGAGGGAAGGGCAAAUAAUACUGAAUCUGGUGAGUUAUUUGAUAUAUUAGAAGAGGAUGCUCGAUCAGAUGCCACUCCUUCAAAUGAGACAACUCAAAGUAUCCCUACAGACAAUAUGUCGAAACGUCUGAAUACCACUAUGCCACCACAACACAAUGAAGAAAGAAAAGUGAAUCAGGAAGAUGCGUCAUCUGCCAAGAUCUAUAAGAAUGGAAAUGAAACCAGUGGAAAUGACCUUGAUGAUACAGUUGACGUUCAUCUGUAUCAUGAUUCUGACUCUGAUGUUCAACCAAUAAUAAAGAACAAAGUCGUAUCUCUUACAGAUACAGAAGAUAAGAGUAAUACAAGUCGGUCAAAACGAGACCUUAAUAACUCAAAAAACAACACCACACACGAAUCGAAAGCUACAGAAGAUUCAGAGAAGAGCGAUGAAGAAAAAAUGGUGAAAAAUGUUAAACCAUUAAUGAAUGAGCUAAACGAUGCAAUAGACAUAGGAAAUAUUGAUUCAGUGGUGAAUUUUGCUGAAGGUAUUGUCGACAACAAAUUAUCAAAAGUAGUAAUGGACAAUGGAGAUGAAAAGAACACCGCGAUGGACAAUAAUAAUAAUAAUAAUAAUAAUAAUAAUAAUAAUAAUAAUAAUAGUAAUAAUAGUGGUAAUAAUGCUACAAAAAGUCAACACAAUAAAAGCAAAAGGUCACUAGAAGAAACUUCAUUGGUGAAUGGUGGAAAAGUUCAGUCGUCAGGUGGUAAUAGUACUCAAAACUCAACUUCAAGAAAGGGGAACGAUUCGUCUAAAUCAUCUAGUAUAAAUAACUCAAAUGGUAAUUCAGGAAAACAUAGUGAAUCUAGUGAUUGGAUAUCCCGAGAAAUUACGGUUCAAAGUAGAACAAUCAAAUUUCCUAAUAAGGAAGCAAUGAAACAAAUGCAUGAAAUGUUUCCUAAUCAAGGUAUGCCAGUUCUUGAGGUUCAACAAAGAGAUACACACAGUUUUGAAGAUUCACUAACUGGUCAGCAUGAACCUAUGAAAAAUCCUCUUAAACCGGUAUCUUUCAACAGUGGUGAAACUGGAGUUGCAGUUACAGUUGAAGGUAAAGGUGAUAGUGAUUAUAAUGAACAAGUGUUAUAUAAACUCGAUAAUAUGAUGCGAAAGUUAAUUGACUUAAAGCAUUGUAUAGAAACAAUAAAAAAAUCAUGUAAACCACACAAAAAACAACACAGAAAAAAGAAACAUAAUAAACAUCAAAAAUCACUGAAAUCAAAACAUCUUGGUCCCUUAAAGCAACAUAAAUCGAAUGAAUUCAAAAGAAAUAUACUUUCACAUUAAUCUUCUCAUUAUUUCUAACAUUGUAUAAUGAAUGUACUUAAUUUACUAGAUACCAAUUUGAUUAAUAUGAAUAAUUAGAGACUGGUAUUCUA